AAAGGCUAAUAAUAGUGGUUUUGACAUUUAGUGGAAAAGUGGGACUAAAAGGUGUGGAAGGGUCUAGCCUAUGACAAGUACAUGAAAUCUUCCUUGGAUUUUAUCUUGAUAUUUGCAGCAGAUAGAAUUUUAUGAUGGUUUGUCUGAUUUGGGAUUCAUCAUAUACCUUGGAGUUCUUCUGAUUGGUUGGAACUAUGGGGUGGCUGACCAAGAUUUUAAAAGGCUCCAGUCACAAAAUCUCAGAAGAGCAUUUUCAUUGUGAUCACAAUGAUGAUGAGGUAAAUUGGGAAGCAGCUCGUGUUUCGCGGGGCUCAUCAGAUUUUGACAGAGAAGAAAUUGACAGAGCAAUCGCGCUUUCCAUUGCUGAGGACGAUGAGAAAGGAAAGAAAGUUAUAGAUACCGAUUCUCAGUUAGAAGAAGACGAACAGCUUGCUAAGGCGCUUCAAGAAAGUUUCAAUAUCGAGUCUCCACCUCCUCAGCUCGAACAUGGAAGUCUUUUUGCGCCCUUUCAAUUCCUCGAUCCUUCAAGAUAUAGAAUAUGUGCUGGUUGUAAAAGCCAAAUUGGACAAGGGAGAUACUUGAGCUGCAUGGGAGCUGUUUGGCAUCCAGGAUGUUUCCGUUGUCGUGCUUGUGAUCAGCCAAUAUCUGAAAUAGAGUUCUCUAUGAUGGAUGACCACCCGUACCAUAAAUCGUGCUACAUGGAGCUGCAUCAUCCCAAAUGUGAUGUCUGCAAGAAUUUUAUCCCAGCAAAUGCUGGUGGCCUUAUUGAGUACAGAGCACAUCCAUUCUGGCCUCAGAAGUACUGCCCUUCACACGAGCGUGAUGGAACGCCGCGAUGCUGCAGCUGCGAGAAAAUGGAGCCGGUAGAUUCUAGGUAUUUGCAUCUCGAGGAUGGAAGAAAGCUCUGCCUAGAGUGUUUGGACUCGUCGAUAAUGGACACUCACGAGUGCCAGCCUCUUUACCUUGAGAUACAAGAUUUCUACGAAGGUCUAAACAUGAAGGUGGAGCAGCAGAUUCCUUUGCUCUUAGUUGAAAGACAAGCACUAAACGAAGCCAUCGAAGAAGAGAAAAAGGGUCAUCACCGUGUGUCUGAGACUCGAGGACUUUGCCUGUCUGAAGAGCAGAUCAUUACCAUGGUGUCGAGGAGGCCAAGAAUUGGAGGCUACCGGAUACUAGACUUGUUUACUGAGCAAUAUAGGCUAGUCCGCCAGAGUGAAGUAACAGCAAUUCUUGUUUUGUAUGGCCUUCCAAGGUUGUUGACCGGAUCCAUCCUCGCCCACGAGAUGAUGCAUGCUUGGUUGCGCCUCAAAGGUUAUCCAACUUUGGAUCCAAAGGUGGAAGAAGGUAUUUGCCAAGUGCUAGCUCACAUGUGGUUGGAUUCUGAGAUUGCGGGUGCUUCAGCUUCGGCUGCAGCGACAUCUUCAUCGUCCUCGUCUAACUCGAGCCAGCCAUCAUCGAAGAAGGGGCAGCGGUCCCAGUUCGAGAGAAAACUGGGUGAAUUUUUCAAGCACCAGAUCGAAACAAGCUCGUCUCCGGUAUAUGGAGAUGGUUUUAGAGAGGGAAUUGAGGCAGUGGAAAAGUAUGACCUAAAGAGGACUCUUGAUCACAUUCGCUUAACCGGUUGUUUUCCAUGAUCAUCCUACAUUUCUUCCUGCCCUUUCAUAUGUAUACACACAUUAGAUCAGGAAUAAUUAAUUGUUUUCAAAGAAAUAUAUAUAAUUGUUGAGGCUACAUUGGAAAAUAAAGCCUUCUUUAUAGUGUAAUGCUUAUAUCAUAUUUUUUCUGAUUUUCA